AGUGCAGUUCGGCUGGGCGGCUGGGGCGUCCAGGACCCUGAAGCCUCUGAGAAGUGGAGGUAGGCCGUUCCCGGCGUGCAGCGCGGGAGGCUGCGCCCGCACCCGGGCGGCGGGGGAACCAUCCGGAGGCCGGAGGCGGAGCGGCUGAGGCGUGUCUGCGCCGGGGACCUGAACAAGGUAGACCAUGACCGUGCCUUCGGUGGCGUCGCUCGCUGGGACGCUCCUCCUGAGGUUUCUCUAAGCCAUCCCCUGGUGGGACCGCUCCCAGAUUUUGUCCGCACGUGCUUGUGGAAAAGAUGGCCGAAAUUAACCUCAAGGAAGUAACCUUAAUAGUAGGUUUGGUUGCUGCCUGCUAUUGGAACAGCCUCUUUUGUGGUUUUGUUUUUGACGAUGUUUCGGCAAUUUUGGAUAAUAAAGACCUGCACCCAACGACACCUUUAAAAACUUUAUUUCAGAAUGAUUUCUGGGGAACCCCUAUGUCUGAAGAGAGAAGCCACAAGUCUUACCGCCCCUUAACAGUAUUGACCUUCCGCUUAAAUUAUCUCUUUAGUGAACUGAAACCAAUGUCAUAUCAUCUCCUAAAUAUGAUGUUUCAUGCUGUGGUUAGUGUGAUAUUUCUUAAAGUCUGCAAACUUUUCCUGGAUAACCGAAGUAGUAUGAUUGCCUCUUUACUUUUUGCAGUGCACCCAAUACACACAGAAGCAGUAACAGGUGUUGUAGGAAGAGCAGAACUUUUGUCAUCUAUCUUUUUUCUAGCUGCAUUUUUGUCGUAUACCAAAUCAAAAGGACCAGAUAAUUCCAUAGUCUGGACUCCAAUUGCAUUGACAGUGUUUUUAGUGGCUGUUGCAACGCUGUGCAAAGAACAAGGAAUAACUGUCGUGGGAAUUUGCUGUGUGUAUGAGGUGUUUAUUGCCCAGGGGUAUACUUUGCCCUUAUUAUGUACUACUGCUGGACAGUUUCUUCGUGGAAAGGGUAGUAUUCCAUUUUCUAUGCUGCAGACACUAAUAAAACUCAUUGUUUUGAUGUUCAGUACACUAUUACUUGUUGUGAUUAGAGUCCAGGUUAUUCAAUCCCAACUUCCAGUAUUUACCAGGUUUGAUAACCCAGCUGCUGUAAGCCCAACUCCUACAAGACAGCUAACUUUUAACUACCUCCUUCCUGUGAAUGCUUGGCUUCUGUUAAAUCCUUCAGAGCUCUGCUGUGAUUGGACAAUGGGAACAAUACCACUUAUAGAGUCAUUUCUAGAUGUUCGAAAUCUUGCCACAUUUAUUUUUUUUUGCUUUUUGGGGGCUUUAGGAGUAUUCAGUCUCAGAUACUCUGGUGAUUCCUCCAAGACUGUUUUAAUGGCACUUUGUUUAAUGGCGUUACCAUUUAUUCCUGCAUCAAACCUUUUUUUUCCCGUUGGAUUUGUUGUUGCUGAGAGAGUUUUAUAUGUUCCUAGCAUGGGGUUCUGUAUUUUGGUAGCCCAUGGAUGGCAGAAAAUAUCUAACAAAAGUAUAUUAAAAAAGUUAUCCUGGGUUUGUCUGUCUAUGGUGAUAUUCACUCAUGCCUUAAAAACACUGCACAGAAAUUGGGAUUGGGAGUCUGAAUAUACAUUGUUUAUGUCAGCCUUGAAGGUAAAUAAAAAUAAUGCCAAAUUAUGGAAUAAUGUGGGUCACGCUCUGGAAAAUGAAAAGAACUUUGAGAGAGCUUUGAAAUACUUCUUACAGGCUACCCAUGUUCAACCAGAUGAUAUUGGUGCCCACAUGAAUGUUGGAAGAACUUAUAAAAAUUUAAAUAGAACCAAAGAAGCUGAAGAAUCUUACAUGAUGGCUAAGUCACUGAUGCCUCAAGUUAUUCCUGGUAAAAAAUAUGCAGCUAGAAUUGCACCUAACCAUUUAAAUGUUUAUAUUAAUCUGGCCAAUCUGAUUCGAGCAAAUGAGUCCCGACUGGAGGAAGCAGAUCAGCUGUACCGACAAGCAAUAAGCAUGAGGCCUGACUUCAAGCAGGCUUACAUUAGCAGAGGAGAAUUGCUUUUAAAAAUGAAUAAACCCUCCAAAGCAAAGGAAGCAUAUCUUAAAGCACUAGAACUGGACAGAAACAAUGCAGAUCUUUGGUACAACUUGGCAAUUGUUCAUAUCGAACUUAAAGAACCAAAUGAAGCCCUGAAAAAUUUUAAUCAUGCUUUAGAACUAAAUCCAAAGCAUAAGCUAUCAUUAUUCAACUCUGCUAUAUUAAUGCAAGAAUCAGGUGAGGUUAAACUCAGACCUGAAGCUAGAAAACGACUUCUAAGCUAUAUAAAUGAAGAACCCCAAGAUGCUAAUGGUUAUUUCAACCUUGGAAUGCUUGCCAUGGAUGACAGAAAGGAUACGGAGGCAGAGAUGUGGAUGAAGAAAGCCAUAAAAUUACAAGCCGACUUCAGAAGCGCUUUGUUCAAUCUGGCACUACUGUAUUCUCAGACUGCAAAGGAAUUAAUGGCUUUGCCAGUUUUGGAAGAAUUACUCAGAUACUAUCCUGAUCAUAUCAAGGGUCUCAUUUUAAAAGGAGACAUUCUGAUGAAUCAAAAGAAAGACAUACUUGGAGCAAAAAAAUGUUUUGAAAAGAUUUUGGAGAUGGAUCCAAGCAAUGUGCAAGGAAAACACAAUCUUUGUGUUGUUUAUUUUGAAGAGAAGGAUUUAUUAAAAGCUGAGAGAUGCCUGGUUGAAACAUUGGCAUUAGCACCACAUGAAGAGUAUAUUCAGCGCCAUUUGAACAUAGUCAGGGAUAAAAUUUCUUCAUCUAGUUUUGUAGAGCAACCAAUAUUCCCAGCUGGUAAGACUUCAGGUGUAGAAGGAGACAAAAUUCCAACUGAAAAUAUGAAAGAAAUCAAAAAUGAACCCAGAGCCACAGAGAUGAUAAAAACAAGUGAUAAUAAAAGUCAGUCUAAAUCCAACAAACAAUUAGGAAAAAAUACAGAAAAAGAAACCCCUCACAAAACAACAAAAGAUAUCAAGGAAAUUGAGAAGAAAAGAGUUGCUGCUUUAAAAAGACUAGAAGAGAUUGAACGUAUCUUAAAUGGUGAAUAGCAUUACUCUUUAUCAUGUGGCAGUGGUUUCAGAGAACUUCAGUCUCUGUCAUGUGGUUACUUAUACUGGGAGCUUUGAAAAUAGCAAGGACACUUAGAGUCUGUCAUAAGCUGCCUCUACGUAGGAUCAAAAUAAGAUUUGCAUUAAAAACCCUUUCAUUACCCCAGGGUAUGUAUUAUGUGACAGUAGUUUUCAGAGUUUUGGUGACUAUGGCAGAAUAUUAAAUUACUGGUGGCAAAUUUGUAUCUUUUCUAACAGAAGGAAAGUUCUUCCAGCAGAAUAAUACUAUUUUCAUUUAAAAAUAAUCUGAGGCGUAAAUAAUAAUCCCAUGGGGGCAAAUCCAACAUGUGCUGGUUUAUUCUGUGAAUUCACAUUUAUUAGCUAACUUGGCUUUUCCAUUCACAUUGGAAUCUGGCAAUGAAUUGAAAACGCUUAUUGAACACAUUUUUUUCUUCAGUAACCUUCAAUUUAGCGAAGGGACCUUGCACUGCAAAAGAAUACUGGCUUUUUGUGGGUUUUGUUUUUUGUUUUUUUUUUAUUUUUAGAAGGGAUGCCAGUUGAAACAUUUUAAAAUAAAUCAUUUGACAUUUUAGCUUAAGAAUGUAUUUUCAUAACUAUGUGCUUGUUCUUAAUAUCACUCUAAAAUGCAGUUUUUAAUAAGGUGAAGCUUAACUAUAUAUUGCACACAUUUCCAAUGGUGCUCAUAUAUGCCAUAUUUUCAUUUUUUUUUUUCACAGCAUGAACCACAUAAUCAUGACUAUCUUUGACUUUUAAUUCCCAAACUAUUCAUGUUUCUUAGGAUCGUAGUCAUAUUAAGAAGUCCCAGUAACUAUAACUUUAUUAAACUUCUGCGUUAAAACAUAGUAAGUUUUUCUUCUUUCAGCUUAGUGUUACCUUUUUUUUACUUGAAUUUUAAUUUUGUUUCAUAAAAAACAUACCUUAAUUAUCCUUAGAUUACCUUAAGAUACCGAAAUUGGGUUGUUUAAUGAAGGCAAAACAAUGUGACAAAGUUUAUUUUUAAACACUAAAUUCUUGAUAUCUUAUUAUGGUGUAUAUUUUUAUUAAAUAUUUAUUUUAACUACUGAGCUUUCAUAAACAUUUCAAUUCCAUCAAAUAGGGAAAAUAAAUUGCUAAUGCAUUUUUCUAUACAUGCAUAUAUCAUGGCUUAACCAGAAUUUCAUCAUUUUGGCAUGCUAUCCAGCUAGAAAAAAAGAUUAGCCUGGUAUAGGAUUAAUACUUUAGUCAGUAGGUUUUAGGAAGUUUAAACCUGAAAACAGUUAGUUUGGAGAGUAGAUACAAGUCAGAAUUAUUAAUUUAAAUUUGACUUUUUUCCAUCAGUUAAAAUACAUUGCAAAUACGUUUUAUAAUACCUAAUAAUGUUGGCUUUAGAACAUUAAAGCUCAAGCUAUCAUCCUAGGAUAGGUAACUAAUAUCUAGUUAUGUAGCAUUUCCAAAACUACUUCUGUUCCUUUGAGAUAUCUAAUUUUAAUUAUGUUUGAGAAACGAUAUUCCUAUAACUUUUAAAGAAAUGUUUUUUAAAUAGGUCGUAAGAAACAUGGUCUGCAUUACAGACUCACACUAGGUUCUCUGAGGCUCUAUCUAUCAUAGACCCUUUUUUAGGCAGUAUAAAGCAAGCGCUGACACCAGUGGUAGUUCAGUUUUGAUUCAGGAGAUUCUGAUAAGCAUUAAAGCAAUACUUAAUUUCAGUUCUUCAUUUAUAGCUUUGUGACUCCAGAUAUAAGGUGGAGAAUACCUCAUAUACUGUGACUUGAAAAUGAAAUUAGGUUAUUGUUACAUUCUCUGAACAUAUCUUGAGAAAAAGUUUAAUAUUGUCCGUUAAAAUAUCAAAUGCAGAUAGAUCAGAAAAGUAGAAGGAAAUCAUUCAUGACAGCAGACCACAAUAAAAGCUUUGAGUAAUAUUCUAAUAAAAUUAUGUAACUAUUCAAAAAGUAAAAGCUAUAUUAAUAUUAUCCAAUGAUUUUUAUAGAAAAAAGAAUUUUAUCUGUAUUAACACAACAGUUCCUAUCAUGUAGGAAGUGCUCAUAUCUUGAAUAUUUAAAUCAAAUCCACCCUGAAUAAUUAAUAAUUUUCCAAAUAAUGUUUUCAACACUCCCUUCAUAUUAGAAUCAUCUGUACCUACCCUUUAGCAAUUAAAUCUAAAUUUCUUGGGGGUACAGCCCUGCUUCAGUUCUUCCAAAAGCUCUCAGAAUGAUUGUAGUUUGUAGUAAGGGUUAAAGACUAUUGCUCUAAAUUAGUUCAAGAAAAUCCUCUUAUCUCUCCCGUGUUAACUUCUAAAUUAGUGAUAUAACCCAAUUAAGUUUUGAUGUUUUAACCUCCAUUAAGGAAUAUGCUCUUGAUAGCUAGUAUUUAUUCCACGUUAAAUUUCAUCAAGCUUGCUUAUGUGUGAGAUGAUUAUUUCUUCUCGUUAAGCUUAUAAUAGAAAUUGUAUCCAAGCUGUUCAGGGGAAAAAGGAAAUGGCUUUUUUCUUUGGAGCUGCCAUUUUGGGGAAACGGAGGGUAGGGACCCUUUAACCCGGUUCACUAACCUAUGUUUCAGAGUUGGGAUUAUCUGUAAGUUUGGAAAGAAAGCUUACUGUACGUUGAUGUACUGGUGAAGGGCUAUGGUUUUAGUUCCUGGUGUUUUACAGAAGAAUCUGCUCCUUAGGAGUUCUAGGAAAGCUUUGACAAUCCCCAAGGGGCAUUUAUGUUACUCCUUCACUCCUUCUCAAAAGGAAGAAUUACUUUUUUCUCAUAUUGCUCCUAUAUGCAUUUCCUUCCUAACAUUCAGAAUUGGGAAUUUUACCUUAUAAUAAUUAUUCCAGUAAGUGAGUUUAUGAAGUUGAUGAUUUGGAGAAUAAAACAAAUAUCUUUGCAAUUUGGGGUUUACUUUUAUGUGGAUAUUUGGUAUGUGCAUUACUCAAUUCUGUUAAAACCUCAUGCCUUUCAUUGAUUUAAUUUGCGCUCUCAACUUCAUGUUACAGAAUGAUUCUUUAAAGACGCUUUAAUGAAAAAUAUUAUGAAAAUAUAUAGAUUUGUAUGUCAAUUUAUACUUCAGAAAUCCAUAUCUUUGUCAUAUUUAUUUUUUUAGAAAACUUCUAACUGCAUGACUAAAUGGUAUUUAAAAUGAACCCUCAAAAAUAUCUGGUACCUUUGUCCAAAGUUUUAUCUGUUGGAAGCUGUCAGCCAUCCAUGUUAAAGUUUCAUAAAAUAGUUGAUAAUUGUAUGCAUUUUAUAUUCCUAUGGUGUCUGUGUGAACUAUAUUUCUAAAUAUUCAGUAUUAAAUUGAUUCUUUUUAAAACCUUAACCUGAAUCACCUUUUAGUGUUAAAAUGAAAAAUAUAGUAGAUCAAGAAAUUUCUGUCCCCACAAGGAAGAGCUGGCAGAUAGUUUUAUUAGCAGUGUCUGAGAAAGGUGUGUGUUAACUUAGUUCCUAAUAGAUACAUUUCCAAGCCUGAGUGACAGAAACUCAAUUAAAAUGAGUCAAACUCAAAUGUGGAAUUUUAUGUACAUACACAGCGGGAAGUCAGUGUAGUGAAAUAAUUGUUAGUUUAAGUAAGUGAUAGAUCUGCCUGGAUUCAAAUUGUGGUACCAUCCUUGUUAGUAUAACUUAAGUUGUUUAAAGUAUAUGUUCCCUGUUUCCCCAUCAGCAAGCAUCAUAUAUGUCUCCUCUUUUAAUAAACCGGCAAUAUGUCUUUAUAAAUAGUGCAUGCUCAGUCAUGUAUGCUGCAGAUAGCCUUUAUCAAAAGUUUUUGACCAUGAUUAUAAUUUAUAUUAGUGAAUUCUGACUUUUUUUAAUUUAAUGGUUAUUGGCUUAUUCAGAUAUUCAGAUAUUUUUUGGGAUUUUGUGUGCGUGUGUGUGUGUGUGUGAAAACAAAUUUUUUUGUAUAGCCGUAUAUGUAUGCGUGUGUGUGUGUAUACAUAUAAUCUCUAUAAUUUUCUGUGUCAUCUAAUUUUUUAAAUUUGUAGGAAUUUAGUUCACAGAAUAUUUUUAUGUGGGUACAGUUCAUUGUGAUUUUUUUUAAACCAUGAUUUAUGCGAUGGGCUUGUUUUUAUGUAUCUCCAGGAAUGAAACAGUUUUAACAGCUGUACAGUGGUACUGAUGGUGGCUCUAGUGUUAUCUUUAUUUGAUUGUAGUUUGGUAGUAAUGCAUUGUCAGACUAGAAAAGCUAAAGAAACAAAAUAUUUUUAGUUUUGCUGAAGAUUGGCCUUGUUUAUGGACAGCUUUCCUAACAAGUGAUAAUUAACUUUAUCAGGCGUCAACAUCUGUUUCAGGAACAUAGCAUAUGUUUACAUGUCAGAACUUUUGUUUAAUUCUUUGACAUUUCUAAAUUGGUUUAAAGAAAUUUAGCAAAUACAACUAUAUAUUUAUAUUAAAUGUAUUAAUAUAUUUAAGUUGCUUAGGACAGUUCUUGGCACAUAGUAAAUAAUAGAUGUUAUUAAUGUAAUUGCAAGGUUCAGACUUGCAUUCGAUGUAUAUUAUUUGACUUAUACAUAUGUUAACAGAGGUUAUGUCAGUGAUGGUCAUGAUAGAGAACAAAUUAUUAGGAAUCUAUUAUCAAUACCUGUUCUGUAGCCAUCUAAGCCAACAGGUACAUCUCAAUAACCUAAAAUAAAAUAUAUUUAUUAGACAUUA